AUGAGCGGUUGUUCAGUCCAAUCAAGCAGUUUGGGUCCGGUAGAAGACGACGAUCACCUCACUAUGGACGACACUUCGUGGUGGAAGAAACAGGAGAAGUCUCCUCCGCCGUCCAUUCCGCCUAUUUCGCCGCUUUCGUUCGCUUUUAUGCCACCUGAGCAAAGAGAGGCAUUCAAUUUUUCCAUGUCUCCUGAAAGCACGAACAGAAGUGAAGGAGAUGACGAGAAAAUGGCGGUUAGUUGUGUUCUGUAACGGGUUGGAAGACACGCACUUUUUCCAGAAGCUUUUACUUAAAGAUGAUUCUGAAGAUUACUCACCUGUGUCUUCUCCCAAUUCUUCUUCCUCAUCAAAGAAGAAUAUGAACGUUCGAGAUUUUAUGAUUGUCGAUGGAGAACCGAGUCAAGGUGGUGAAACGUACGAACCGAAGGCGCACCUUGGAUGGGCUUCUUUCGGAGAAUCUAUACAACCACCUGCAAGAAAAACUCCAGAACAGCAAACAAUCAAGAGAAGUUUGUGAUGUUAGAAUUCGGAAGUUGAAUAUAUGGUUUCAGAAGUCUUCGUUGUACGAUCUCAGCAUAAUGAAAGUUCUCAGCAGAACAAAACUUAUCAGAUUAUAAAUCCAACUAGUGUCCGUAAACGUCCAUCUAGCAGUGUUUCUGGUCCGACACCGAAAACUUCUGUCAAGAGUGAAUCAAAAGAUUCCGAUUCGGAAGACGAAAUAGUGGAUGUGGUUGGGAUUGACGACGACGAUGAGACGUUUGAUUUAAAAUUUUUAGAAAAAAGUGGCAGUAUUUUUUAGAGUUGUAAAAGUGCUAGAAUCUGGGAAACCGCCCGAUCUUCCACCACAACGACCUCUCGGAUCACGCUUCGAACUGCAGAGACAGAAAAAAGGUGGGUGAAUACUUUGUUUUCGCACAUAAAAAUGACUCCAACAUACUUUUCAGAAUAUUAUAAUCGCCGUGGCUUCGAUUCGGACGAUGACAUGCGCGAUGAAUCAACUCGAAGCUCUUCUCCUCCGCCACGUCUCGAACCGCAAAUGAAUGGCCUAAAUAACGUGCUGAACACCAUUCACAUGAUCGAAAAAGAUCCUCUUCCGGUGGAAAUUAACGACGAGGACCUCGAGAGACGAUUAGGGUUCUUUUCCCGCUCAUUUUCACUUUAUGCGAGCAUUUUCUAGGUUGGCCGAGCACGAUCCGACGCAGAUGUUGAAAACAAAGGUUUCACAAAGCGCGAUACCUAUUCUUCCCCUUUCAAAGUCUAUUAUGGAACGCAAGAAAGCGGCGAUUCAGAUGACGAAACACGCUAUUAAGCGGAUUCCAGCUCCAAAAAGCACGGCGAAGAACAUGACUGUGGCUCCCAGAAGCGUUCAAAUACCUGCAUAUACCGAGAAAGCCCCAAUCACUCUCUACUCCAAAUUCUACGUAAUCGACAAAGUUAACUGUUGGCAUAACAUCUUCUACUUUUCAGAAAUCAUCAAAUAUUUCCACGUUGAGAGAGCCGCGCGUCGGAUGUUUCCGUUGUCGGGAGAAGCCGCCAGUCGACAUGAGCUCUUUCAAGUUCCUCGAAGAUUCUAGUGUUGUGGCCGUUCGAGCACAUCUCUGCGACCAGACUCGUGUCAUGAUUGCCAGAACAGCCGUCUUCAACAGAGAAUACGCGAGGCGACUCGGCGACCAAGCACAUGGAACAAUCUGGCAGAAGCCCGAUGAGGUUACCGCCCAAAUGACCGGAUUCUGCAGUGCGACUGUCCGCAGGUGCAUUGACGUUGCCAACUUGUCAAUUAUUCCAAAAUGUGCUGAUCGAAUUGGAGUUUCAGUUAGUUUCUUGUCGUCAAAGCUAUGUUUUGAAAUUGUGCGUCUACAGAAGAAUGAAUUGGCUUCCCUUAAACUUGCUUUUGGCGCCGAAAAGUUUUGCGGACAAUCCAUGAGAACGCCGCACGUACUAAGCCAGUAUUAUGCAGUCAAGUCUCAAAACCCGGCAUAUUUGAAAUUGUCGGACCCACAGCCUCACUCAUCUGGAGAUCUGCUGCAAGCGGCGGAAGAGAAAGACGCUGAAGAAAUGAAGAAAGAAGAGGCUAGAAAGUAAGGGAUAUCGUGUACUCUUGGCAUUCUUUUUAUCGUUCCUCUUCAGGCAUCAUCCACUUAUUCAGCAGCAAAUUGGCGCUUCUUCUUCUCUGUCGUCAGUGCCCGCUAUGCCUCUCAAAAAGACGGUGCUCCGUUGGUCUUCGAUUCAAGGUCCGAGAAUUCUUCGUCAAUCCACUCCUAAGACUGCCAUAACAACACCAAAAUUGACCGUAGUUCCGGUUAUGAAGACAUCGAACGGAGGCAUCGCAGAGGAACAGAAACCGGAGACGUCGAACGAUUCGAAUCGUCGCAGAGGCCGUCCUCGGAAGGAGAAGCCAUUCGCAGAGGAAAAAAAGACGAGAAUAGUAUCAACUCGUCGGCUGAGAUCGAGCAAGAGAUUGGAGGUAAAAUCAGAAUGAAAAUCGCCCAGUUUGCCUGAUUUUUGCAGAUCGAAGAAGCCGUUCGAGAAGUCACCGAUUUCCUUUUGGAAAAAGUUGCCGGAAAAGCAUAA